AUGAAAAAGAAGAAAGCAUCAUCAUCAUCAUCACCCAUACGCCAUGUCUGGAGGCUUUGCUCAAAACUCACCAUCUUUCUCUGUGUCCUGCUUUCUCUGCUGGCUUUUCUCAAUAUUCCGCAGCUCUCUCAGUACUCCAAGCUCCAAACACCAAGCAAUCAUCGUGAUGAUCACUUUGAAGGCCCUCCAAAGAUUGCUUUUCUCUUCCUCGUUCGCCGGCACCUUCCUCUUGAUUUUCUCUGGGCUGCCUUCUUCAAGAAUGGAGAUGCUGCCAAUUUCUCUAUUUAUAUUCAUUCGGAGCCCGGUUUUGUGUUUGAUGAGACGACAACAAGUUCACCUUUCUUUUAUGGCCGACAGUUAAAAAAUAGCAUUCAGGUAGUGUGGGGAGAAUCAAGCAUGAUAGAGGCAGAAAGGUUAUUACUUGAUAAAGCUCUUGAUGAUCCAGCCAACCGGAGAUUUGUUCUUCUCUCUGAUAGUUGUGUCCCUUUGUACAACUUUGGGUACAUCUACAAUAAGGUGAUGUCUUCUCCAAAAAGUUUUGUCGACAGCUUUCUUGAUGCCAAAGAAUGUCGCUACAAUCCCAAGAUGUCACCUGCUAUACCAGAGGAAAAAUGGCGGAAAGGAUCCCAGUGGAUCACUUUGGUUAGAAGACACGCAGAAGUUAUUGUGGAUGAUGACAUUAUUUUUCCUGUCUUCAGGAAAUUUUGCAAGCGACGGCCGCCUAAAAACUUAUCGAAGAGAAGCCGAAUUCUAAACUUUCUUGCCAUUGAUUUCAGAUUUCUAUUCCCAUGGCUGAAGCCCCACAACUGUUUUCCAGAUGAACAUUAUGUGCAGACAUUACUUGCAAUGAGAGGGCUUGAAGGAGAACUUGAAAGAAGAACAUUAACCUACACCUCAUGGAAUCAGUCUGCAAUAAGAGAGAAAAGAAGAAUUUGGCACCCUAUCACAUUUGAUUAUGCAGAUGCAAACCCUCACAAAACCAAAGAAAUAAAGGAUAUCAACCAUGUCUACUAUGAGUCUGAACACCGGACCGAAUUCUGCAGAAUCAAUUCUGAGAUUACUCCAUGUUUCUUAUUUGCAAGAAAGUUCACAUGUUGGGCGGCCAUCCGCCUUUUGAAUGAAGGAUUUCUCAGUCCAUAGUUACUCAUACACUAUCAAAUUCAAGGCCAUGGAUGACCCCAUUUACCUUGAAAAGAAAAAGGUAACCAAGAUAUGCAACUCUUGAAGUACUGGGGAGUGGCAUAGAAAAUUUUUGCAGAAUGUUGUUGCUUUAUUGUAGUUGCACCAAGCAGUUUCUUAUACCA